CAUAACCUCACAGUUUCAAUUUAAUUUCGCAAUGUUAGUGUCGUGUUUGAAAAAUGUUAGCAAUAAGUUUAAACCAGUGCUUAAGUUAUAUUCACAAACGCAUGUUUUACGUACACGUUAUAAACAAAAUAAUCGAACUUUUACCCAAAUUGCUUCCCUACACACAUCCUCACCGUCUCUGGCAAUUUACCGAGAUACUGAAAAUGUGUACGCCUACAAUAUCAUACAGUCACUUCCAACCACCAAAAACGUGCCUGUGUUCUCGAUAACAAACAGUAUCGACAAUCUAUACGACUUUGAUAACCGAUUAAACCAAAACUGGCGAACGAAAACCGCCUCGGAAAUUGUGGAUUGCUUCAAGAGCGUCUUGAAUUACUGCACGGAGCACGACAUAAACCUGGCGGAUCCCCGUUUCGAUAAGCUAGUGGACGGUUUGAUGGAUAACAUCCAGCACCUCACCGAUUCGAACUUGUGCGAUCUGUUCCACUGCCUAAUCCGGCUGCCGGUUUGCGACUCGUACGCGGCCCGCAACUAUCACGACGUCUGGAGCGCGCUCGACGACGUCUGCUGCUGGAAGCUGAACAACUGGCCGCUGGAAACGACGUUCGUCUUCGCCGACUACUGGUACCGGCUUAAUUUGGGUAAACUGAGCGAUUUCUUGUAUAACGUUAUUGAUCGCAUGUCUCGCCGGGUGGCGUCGUUGUCGAAAGACGAGCUGAUGCGCCUCUAUUUCUUUUUAAAAAUUCACAAACGGCACAAGCUCACCUUCGAGAUUCGACACGCGACGCUCGAUUACGUUGGCGAUUUGAGCGUCGACGAGAUCGCGCUGGUCUCGAUGGUGCACGUGAAACUAGACACGAAGCUUAAGCUCGAUUUGAUGGCGACGACUUUUGUCGCCAAACUCAAGGAGGAAGCUCGAACCGUGCCAGAGUACUGCGUUCGAAACAUUGUGCAAGUGCUGCGCUACUCGUCCAGCGUGCUGCUCGUCGAUCAGCUGAUGGAUUUGCUCGAUCACCUGGUGUCGGAGGUCGAUCGACUGUCGAAUACGGCGUGUACGCAUAUAGCUUUGUUGGGGACGACGCUGCAGUUCUUCCACGAGGAGUCGUUGCAGAGGGUCGCCGAAAAGGUGUUGCGGGAUCUUAGUAACACUGAGGCCGUGCGCGUGAAGGACAUCGAGAGGCUUCUGCUCGCCUUGACCAUGUUCCAUUAUACCCCAAAAACCGAACGCGAUAUUUUCCAAGCGAUUUUGGAGGAGGUGGAUCGUCCCGAACGCCGCUUGGAGUUCAUGAAGUUUCCGCGGUCUCUGGCGUGCGUGUUAAACUUUUUGAGCAUAAAGAAGAUGUACUUGCACGAGCUUAUGAGCAAGAUUUUAGACAGAGAGUACAUUCUCGAGCUGUAUGGCAAAUCCCCAAAGAAACUACCUAGAGAGAUCUUUUCGCUUGACGUUUGCAUAGACGUUGAGUGUCCCGACUACGUCGGCAACCGUCUAGAUCCCACGUACAGGCGCAAAGCCGCCAAAUGGUUGGUGGAGUACACGCCAACACUGGAUCAGUUUAAAAAGUUGACGGCAGCUGACCGAUUCGUGUUGGACGUCACCGACGCCGUAGCGAAAAUGGUUAACGGCAAUCACAAUCUGCACGCCGACCACAUUCUGCCCAACUUCGCCAAAUCAGACAUUAUCAUUUGUAGGGACGGUGAUCGCUUCGUGACACCAUCUGGAUUUGACGCCUACCAACUGGGCGAUCUGAUGCGUCCGCCCUCUAAAGAUCUGACCUGGUACGCAAUCGUCCCUGUCAACUGGAACGCGUGCAUACGAGACACCAACAAACCUCUAGGACUUAUACACAUGAAGACUCGACUGCUAAAGAGUUUAGGUUACGAACCCAUACUGGUUAUCUGGAAUGAGUUUAUGCCAUUAAAAGCACAAGAGAAGGUGAGCUAUAUUGAGGAUAAGAUUUGUAAAUAAAGAUUUUGAAAUA